AGCGAUUAGUCGGAACUCUGUCACUCAAAAAAAUGAAAGGACUCUCAAAAUAAAGGGCUUUAUAACUCUUACAUCGCGUACUAAAAAGUAUGUAACGUAGUACGCAAACAAUUCAGGCGUCUCACUGAACUCUGAGUACAACUAACUAAACAGUGUGUACUAGGAGUAUUAAUAAUAAUGUGUUACAGAAAUCAAACGGAACUCCAGUUCACUAAACAUCCUUUAAUUUGUGCUACUACUUUAGCAUACUAGUUAGCAUGCUAGCAUGCUAGUACGGAUUUACAUCAAUCGGCAUGUUGCUAAGCAAAGCGGAGGCUUCAAUGGCGCAGCAGAAACGGCAAAGUUAGACUAGUGUGAUAGCUACAGUAUCAUGGAUGCUUUAUUUUACACCUACACUGCUCUAUUUUGUUCAGUUUGAUCCGGGACGAAAGUCGGGAUUUCCAUGUGUCACAGUGUGACGUCACUGUGUUUAUUGUACACAAAUGCAGCGACUUUAACUCGGCCGUCAGAAAAGCUGGACUCUGCAGCAGGCAGGGACAGCUGCUUGGGCCAGACAUUUAAGAAGAGGAGCAUUGAGAAGAAAUACCUCAGGGAUUUAAACAAAGACACCCACACACACAUCCACACAUAGAAGUAACACACCACUUAACCUUGCAACUGUGCCACUUCCCUGAUGCCUCUGAAUGGACAAGCGUAUACCGUGUACCCAGUGGUGAGAUAUCACAGGUUAAAUGCCCCUCAAGGACUUAACCUACACUUCCUACACUUCAGAACACCAGAAGUUUCCAGUGCAGUCUAUCACUGCAGGGUUUCAGGAGCAUCCCAUUGCAUCCAAGAGCAGAAGCUACCACCAGUGUGUUCUUACUGGGAUUCCUAAGCUUGAGAGAGUGUGAAUGUCUCUAACUGAGUCACUGACAUUCAGGGAGGCCUGGAGUACUAUUACAUUGUCAGCCGGUGCUUAUGCAUGUUUUAUUUGUGGUGAGGGGAAACAAGAGUCCUGCUGUGUCACCUGAUACAUUUGCUCCAUUGCUCGAGUCCUAACAGCGCACGCUUUAUCCGUCCGCUGAUCUAUCAGUCUAUCGCAUCCUUCAUCAGAAAGGGACAAUUCUGGGACAAAUCAAAAGAUUUCAUGUGAUAAUCGACUCUCGAUUGAUUGCCACCCACGGCAGAGGUUACAGUUGACGGAUCAUCGUCAGACAGAGGAACAUUUCUGUAGGAGCCGACGAGAUAAGACCGUGAGGAUGUUAUCAUGUCUUGCAGCACCAACAGGAUUAAUCAAUAAACAGGAAGUCUUUUAGUUUUAUUGGACUAAACCAGCUGGGCAGACACACUUUUCUGGAAACAGUCAUCAGGAUCUACAACAAAUCUUGCUCCUUUGUUACCCAGCUAGCUUCUUAGCAAACUCAGUAGCAACUCUGACGUCAACACCGACAGCGGUGCAGGCAGGCCCUUACUUUGCUGAGAAUGACAGACACUCUGAGGCCGCCAUCUCUCCGGGUACAGGUCCCACGGGACGAUCCCUGCUCGGCCUGGUCCAGCUCCUCCACGCCCACCUUGAGGCGGCGCCGCUUGAAGAUGCGUCGAACAAAGAAGACAACGAGCGAGCGCCUGGAGAACGGAUCCCUGAGACAUUCAGGCUCCCGCUUAGCCUCUAAGGAGUAUCUACAACUUCCUGCCAUUGAAAUCACACCAUCCAGCGACGAGGACGUUCCAUGGUCCAACUGUUCUACUCCCAGCGCCUCACCACGACGGAAACGCUUUCUGAUACGCAAGUGGCUGAAGGUGCGAGAGAAGAAAGAGCCAGCCAACGAAAGCAGCAGUCAGCCGAGCAGCCAGCAGAGCAGCCAUGAUGAUGACUCCUCACGCUUCCUGACUCCGUUUAUGCGCAGCACUGCCAGUAAUUCCACCCGGAGCAGUCCCGCUUGCUCUCCGGUGUUGCGGAAGCGCUGUCGCUCGCCCACUGUGCCGAGUUUGGAGGGAGAGAACAUGGUGGAGAAGGGCUCUGAACACUCUGACACCUCUAAGUCACCCUCUACCCCAGAGCAACUGGUCACCCGAGCGUACUCGGCUCAGUCCACACGCAGCAGCUCGAAAAACUCCAAGUCUCACAAGCGACUGUCCAAAAAAAGUCAGAGCUGGUACAAUGUUCUCAGCCCCACCUAUAAGCAGCGAAAUGAAGACUUCAGGAAGCUCUUCAAACAGCUCCCGGAUACAGAGCGCCUCAUUGUGGACUACUCCUGUGCUCUGCAGAGGGACAUCCUCCUGCAGGGAAGACUCUACCUCUCCGAGAACUGGAUCUGUUUCUAUAGCAACAUCUUCCGCUGGGAGACACUACUGACGGUGCGUCUGAAGGACAUUUGCUCCAUGACUAAAGAAAAGACGGCGCGUCUCAUUCCCAAUGCCAUCCAAGUGUGCACAGACUCUGAGAAGCACUUCUUCACAUCGUUCGGGGCGAGGGACAGGACGUACAUGAUGAUGUUCCGGCUCUGGCAGAACGCUCUGCUGGAUAAGCCCCUGUGUCCGAAGGAACUGUGGCACUUUGUGCAUCAGUGCUAUGGUAACGAGCUCGGGCUGACCAGUGACGAUGAAGACUACGUUCCCCCCGAUGAUGACUUUAACACUAUGGGUUACUCUGAAGAGAUCCCUGCUGAAGAGAACGAGGUCAGUAAUGAUAACUCAUCUAAGAGCAGCGGAGAGAAUAAGCAGGACAGCAGCCCACAGUCACACAAGAGGUCAAUCACAAACUCCACCAUCACAUCCAUGCCCAGCAGCACAGACCUGCCUCUGGCUUUUGCGCUUGCUCCCGAGGAGUACACGGACUGUCUGCCCGACCCGGAGCUCCUCACGUUGCCUCUGCUGACUGACGAGAAGACCUGCGAGCCUGCAGAGCGACAGCUGGGUCCCGUGUCUUCGCCUUCUCUCGACUUCAACGAUAACGAAGAUAUCCCGACCGAGCUCAGCGAUUCGUCUGACACAGACGACGAAGAAGUGGAGGUACAGGCGUUCCAUGAUGACCUAAACGGGCGUCAGUACAUUAAUGAGGUGUUUAAAUUCAGCGUGGAUAAAAUGUACUCGUUCCUCUUCACCGAGUCGCAGUUCAUGGCAGACUUCAUGGAGCAGCGCAGAUUCACAGAUGUAGUGUUCCAGCCUUGGAAGAAAGAGGAAGCAGGGAACCAGAGGAGAGAAAUCAUGUACACCAUCUCACUCUCCAACCCACUGGCUCCCAAAACAGCCAAUGUCAGCGAGACACAGACUCUGUACAAAGCCAGCCAGGAGAAAGAGUGUUACAUCAUCGAUGCAGAAGUUGUCACUCACGAUGUUCCUUAUCACGACUAUUUCUACACACUCAACCGCUACACACUCACUCGCGUGGCCAAGAACAAGUGUCGGCUCAGGGUUUCUACAGAGCUGCGAUACAGGAAGCAGCCUUGGGGACUGGUCAAAGGUUUCAUCGAGAAGAACUUCUGGAGCGGAUUGGAGGAGAACUUCAGGAGCCUCGAGCUCGAGCUGACGAAAGCCGAAGAGCUCAUAUUAGAAGUACACGGGCCGUCACCGAAAACCAAAGCUCUGAAAAACUCCACCCUGAGGCGGAGAAAAAGGCCCCUUCCCCACCUGCGCACACCUCACAUGGAGGAAACACUCAGCCCUGUGACUACACCCACUGAUGAGGAAGUCAUCCAUAGAAUCAAGCAUGUAUCAGCAGGCUCCACCCAAACGAGACACAUUCCUGAACACACCCCCAGAGGCGGAGCCUUCUGCAAACUCUCCAAAUUGCUGCUCAUUAUCAGUUUCGUGAUCUGCUUAAGCCUGGUGCUUUUGGUUUUCCUAAACAUGAUGCUCUUCUAUAAGCUGUGGAUGCUGGAGUACUCCGCUCAGAGUCUUAUGACCUGGCAAGGUCUCCGUCUGGACGAGAGUAAAUUACCUCAGACGCAGGUGGAAUGGGCUCAGCUUCUAGAGUCUCAGCAGCGCUUCCAUGAAGCCGAACUACAGAAAUGGAGAGAAAUCAUCAAAUCAUCAGUUCUGCUGCUAGACCAGAUGAAGGACUCUUUGCUGAGUCUGCAGAGAGGUGUAACUUUUAGAGACUAUGGCUCAGACUCGGACGAGAAACGGACUCGCUACCAUUGACACAUCCCCUGUAGAGCCACCAGGUGUCGCCGGUCAGCACAGCGUGAAGUCCGUGUACGAGUGUGUGAACAGAAUCCUCCUGUGCACCUUUGUUACACCGAUAGGGGCGGUGGGGGUUUGGGGUUGGACACAGAGAAAGAUUCACGGGGGAAUGUUCACGGAGAAUCCACACCUAGGAUAUCAUGACUCCAUCUGUCUGCUCUGAGGAAUCGUGGGAACGUGACGUGCUGCAGUCUUCCCUCUUUUUCUCCGCCUUUCAUUCACCGAUGCUGAUAGCAAGACGAAAGUCUCCGCAGAGAGACAAGCCGUGGAUCGAGAAUGCAAAAAUCAGAAGUCUGGGGUUUUUAUAUAUAUAGUUUCAUUUGAAAUCCUCUAGUCCUUGAAGUGUUGUGACCCCUUUUCUGUUAAUUGAAGAAAAGUGAUGUGAUCAUUUUAGCCUUCAGGAGACUCUCUGGCAUGUCGUUUCACUGUACGGCUGCAGUGUCCCUUUCCCAGCAUACACAUGGCCAUGAUGACACUCUUCCCUCACAUUUCUAUUACAAAUGAACCCUAGGGGCUUUUUUUUUUUCUUUUGUUAUAUUUUUGUCAAUAUUUGGACUGUUAUUGCAGGAAGUAUUAGAAGCCACAUAAGUAGUAAAGUGCCUUUAAAACUUAAAGGUGUAGACGCUUUUGUAAGUUGGAGAGACUUCUGCUGCCUGUGAGCUGAAUCAUGAACAUUUCAGGUCUGUAGUUAAGCUCAAGGCGGUGACGCUGAUAGACCUCUGGCUGAAUGCUCUCUCCGGUCCUGGGGCUUCAGUCUUCUGGUCACAGGUGCUUAAAAUUCAGUCACUUUACUGCUAACUCAAUUGUUUGCUAUUUAUUAUGCGACGUAUUAC